CUCAGUGGGAUUAUGAAGCCCGGUCUGAACGCCAUCAUGGGGGCAACCGGGAGCGGAAAGUCAUCGUUUCUGGAUGUUUUGGCAGCCAGGAAGGACCCUGCCGGUCUGUCAGGAGAAGUUUUGAUUGAUGGAGCUCAUCAGCCUCCAAACUUCAAGUGUUUGUCUGGAUACGUGGUGCAGGACGACGUGGUGAUGGGAACACUGACGGUCAGAGAAAACUUCAUCUUCUCGGCAGCGCUGAGACUCCCCGUGAGCGUCUCUCAGGAGGAGAAAAAACAAAAAGUCGACAGAUUGAUCCAGGAGCUGGGACUGGGCCGAGUGGCCGACUCCAGAGUGGGCACUCAGCUGAUUCGUGGGAUUUCGGGCGGCGAGAGGAAGAGGACCAACAUCGGCAUGGAGCUGAUCAUCGACCCGCCCGUCCUCUUCCUGGACGAACCGACCACCGGCCUUGACGCCAGCACCGCCAACUCUGUGCUGCUGCUGCUCAAGAGGAUGGCGGACAGCGGCCGCACCAUCAUCCUGUCCAUCCACCAGCCUCGAUACUCCAUCUACCGCCUGUUCGACAGUCUCACCCUGCUGGUCAGCGGCAAACAGGUAACUCACAUUUCAUCAGAUUUACAGGCAUCUUUUCUUUCUUUGAUUUUUUAAAAAAUGUGUCUUUCUCCCUUUAUCUUCUUCUUUCAGUGUUUUCGAU